UCAGUGUGAGGAAGAGCACACUGGGAUUAUCAGCAUCAGCAUCAGGAUUAGGAUUGGGAUUAGACUUUUGGAUCAGGAUGCUCCGCUUUCCGUCGCUGCUUCUCCUCUGGCUCACGCACUUCAUUGACGAGCAUCAAGUUGACGCUGGGAACUGCUGGUAUGAGCAGGGGAAGAAUGGCCGCUGUCAGAUGCUCUACAUUUCUGAAAUGAGCCGGGAGGACUGCUGCAGGAGCGAGAGGCUCGGCAUGGCAUGGACCGAGGAGGACGUUCCCACCAACACGCUGUUCCGGUGGCUGCUCAUGCACGGCGGUGCUCCAAACUGCAUACCUUGUAAAGGUACACCUGUCACAGAGACGUGUGAUAACGUGGACUGUGGUCCUGGAAAGAAAUGCAAGCUGAACCGGAGAAACAAGCCGCGUUGCGUGUGCGCUCCGGACUGCUCCAAUAACACCUUCAAGGGCCCCGUGUGCGGCUCGGAUGGAACCACGUACCGCAACGAGUGCGCUCUCAGAAGAGCCAAGUGCAGGAGAUACCCCAACCUGGUGGCCCAGUACCAGGGGAAGUGCAAAAAGACGUGUAACGACGUGCACUGCCCAGGAAGCUCUUCUUGCGUGGUGGACCAGAACAACAACGCCUACUGUGUGACCUGUGAGCGAGUGUGUCCCGAAGUAACCUCACCCGAGCAGUACCUGUGUGGAAAUGACGGCAUCAAUUACGCCAGCGCCUGCCAUCUCCGACGAGCCACGUGCAUCCUGGGAAGGUCCAUCGGGGUCGCCUACGAGGGCAAGUGCAUAGAUGCCCAAUCGUGCAACGACAUCCGCUGUCCAGACGGAAAGAAAUGUCUGUGGGACAUGAGGACGAGCCGAGGACGGUGUUCCGUGUGCGAGAACGAGUGUCCCGAGAGUCAACCCGGAGACGGCGUGUGCGCCAGUGACAACGCCACCUACCGCAGCGAGUGUGAAAUGCAUCGGGCCGCCUGCUCGCGAGGACUCGUCCUCGAGGUCAAACAUUCCGGGUCCUGCAACUGCGUCGACCACUGAGUCGUCCGUCCCGUCUUACACGGAUCCCCACCUGCUCCGUCACACGAACCCUGAAAAAGCAUCAACGUUUCAGAUGCGUUAUCACGGGGAGGGAACCAAAUUACUCAUUAAAAAAGAAACUUGUUUUCAGACUUUCCUUCUAAAGCCAUGAGCUCCUGCACUGCUGCGUUCCUCAACAAGCAGAGAGAUGAUGAGGAUGAGGAGAAGAAGGAGGACGAUGAGGAUGAAGGUCUGGACAAGACAGAUUACGAAGACUGUAACGUGUCAAGCGGCGCGACUUGGCUUCGGCGCAGAGUCAGUAUUCAGACUGUACAUAGACAUACGUGCUAAUUUAUUUUCCAGAUGUUCAAAAAAAAAAAGAAAAAGAAAAAAAGAAAAGAAAAAAGAAGAGGAAGAUUCCGUAUAGCCGUCUUCUGGAUGUUUAUUUAUACCGUACUUUUUAUUUAUACACUUAUUAAAAGUCCUGAAUUUUAUCUUUUAUCUCGUGUAUAAAAUAUCCACAGAAUAAAAAGUAGCAUUAUUUAUUUAUAAGGUGCAAUGUGAGAUGUACAGAGACUGGUGUGCCUGUGUGUGUGUGUGUGUGUGUGUGUGUGUGUGUGUGUGUGUGUGUGUGUGUGUGUGUUUAUUUCCUUUCUUCGUUUAUUUUCUCUUCAUUUCUUUUCUUCCCUUCCAUCUUUUGUCCUCAGUUUCUAAUUUGUUCAUUUUCUUCCAUUUUCAAAUUCCAUUUUCUUAUAUUUCUUUUGUCAUCCUUCACUUUUCUUCUUUCAUUCCUCCCUUGUUCCUCUCUCUUGCUUCACUUUUCUUUCCAUCUUUUUCUUCUUUCAUUCAGGUUUUUAAAACUUUCCCUAAUUCAUUCUUUAUCCUUUAGUUUUUUGUUUUUUCCUUUUCUCAUUCCUUAUUUCUUUCGUUUAUUCUUUCCCUUUGUUCUUUUCUUCACUUCUUUUCUUGCUUUCUAUCAUUAUCUCUUACUUUGUUUCAUUUCAUUGCCACCCAUUCCCUUCAUUCUGUCAUUUCCUUCCUUUUAAAAUAAUCUCCAAAUUUCUUUCAUCCUGUCUUCUUUCAUUCCUCCUAUUAUUUCUUUCUAUAUUUUUGGUUUAUUCUUUUCUCUUCGCUUUUUUCUUUCUCAUCCCAUUCUUUCUUUUUAACUCUUUCAAUUUUUGCUGCUCAUUCGGUAAUUUGUUCAUUCAUUCUUCCUUCCCUCCUUUCUUCCUUAUCAAUUAUAAAAAAAUUUCUUUCCUUUCAUUCUGUUCAUUAUUCCUCCUUUAUCUCCCCUUUUCUCCAUUUGCUUAGUUUCCUCCUCAUUUCAUAUAUCUACAGUUUUCUUUUUUAUCUCAGAUGUCUUCUUUCUCUCUCUCUCUCUCUCUCUCUCAUCCUCUUCCUAUAGUGCCGUUUUGUUUUGUCUAUA